CCGUUUGAGGUGGCAUUUUCAGAUUUUCCUUCUCAUGAGGGGUUAUGAUUUGAUGCCCGAACCCGAAGCUGAACUGUGUAAUCAAGAAAAAGUUCUGCAAGAAUGGAGUAUUUGAUUUCCAUUGCCAGUCUGCCAUUUGAUUGUGCUUUACAUAAAGUAUGUGAAACGACAAAACUUGGAGUUACAGUAAUGACGCAUUCAAAAUGGCGACAACAACAGUACGAAGCAGAGGCCAGAGGGGUUCCGCUGGCAUCUUUAUCUGUUUUCAACGUCAAGCACAAAAAACUCCCGCCAUUACCGCGUUUUGUCGAGUCUUGAACCGGCAAAUGUAGACCAGAGAUGGACUGAUGGACGAGCAAAUCACAGAAGAGCUAGAGAGAGGAAGAACAGUCCGAAUAGAACAAUGAAAUCCAGAGGGAAGCGUGUCUGGGGCCUCAAGUCCAAGCUAGGGUUUCCGGCCGUCCUCCUCCUCUGCUCCCUCUUCUUCCUCGCCGGGUUCUUUGUAUCCCCUCUCUUCUUUCAGGAUGUGCCGAUUGUUCGAUCGGGCCCGAGAUUGCUUGAAUCAGUGGAGAACGAGGAUUCGUUACCGCAUGGAGAAACUGGGGAGUCUGGGGUUGCUGCUAUUCCCUUCCAGGUGUUAAGCUGGAAACCACGAGCACUCUUUUUUCCCAAUUUUGCAACAGUAGAGCAGUGCCAAAGCAUAAUAGAAAUGGCAAAGUCAAGGCUUAAACCAUCAACGCUGGCUUUGCGGAAGGGAGAGACUGACGAGAGCACAAAGGGAAUAAGAACAAGUUCUGGCACAUUUAUUAGUGCAUCAGAGGACAGGACUGGAAUUUUGGAAGUUGUUGAGCAGAAACUUGCAAGAGCGACAAUGUUCCCUCGUAGAUAUGGGGAAGCAUUCAAUAUUUUACGCUAUGAGAUUGGACAGAGAUAUGUUUCUCAUUUUGAUGCAUUUGACCCAGUUGAGUAUGGCCCACAACAGAGCCAAAGGGUUGCUUCCUUCUUGUUGUAUUUAUCUGAUGUGGAAGAAGGUGGAGAGACCAUGUUCCCUUUUGAGAAUGGCUCGAACACGGGAAAGGAAUAUGACUAUGAAAAGUGCACUGGUUUGAAAGUGAAACCACAACGAGGAGCCGGGCUUCUGUUUUAUUCAUUGUUUCCAAAUGGUACAAUUGACAAGGCGUCUCUGCAUGGAAGCUGUCCAGUUAUUAAAGGGGAGAAAUGGGUGGCCACAAAAUGGAUUAGAGAUCAGGAGCAAGAUGACUAAUUUCUCCAUCCUUUCCACAUAGAUAAGAGGAACAAGAACAAGAACAAGCUCUGGUCCAAAUGGCGUGUCUUUUGGUCCUUAGUUCUUGCUUGUUUGCAACUUAAGAGGCUCGAGAUUCAGAGUUUUAAUCCCAUAAUUAAGUCUGUCAUUAUUUAUAGAAACUCUUUUGAAGAGAGUUCAAAUGGGACCUUGCAGAUGCCAUGGUUUCCUAAAUUAAAGAGUGAUUCCAUUGGGAAAUUCAUGUGACUUGUAAAUUACAGGAUUUUAUGCAUUUAAUUUGCAUUUUUAAGUUUUGUGCCA